GUGAAUUCACCGUCGUCACUGGACAAACGUCUCGCCCACCGUUUGCACAACGAGAGGAGAACGAUCCAUCUUCCCGCAAUGGUCAUAUCCACACGAUGCCAACCUUUUUAAGUUCCCUCGUGGAAUAAUAUUUGCUCUCCUGCAUGGGUGGACGCUGCGCGCUCAAUGCUCCACCACGGGAUAAGAAGACGGCUGGGAUUCAACAGUUUGGCUGCGUUUUCCAUCAGUUUCGGCCCAGAAGCUAGUUUAAUAGGGAUCAUCGUUGUGUGACAACCCCGAAGAGCCUCAUACUUCACUAAGUUAACGCGCCAGCGUGUGAAAAACGGCAGCUUUUUAAACUAUUACGCGGACAGGGAGAACUCGUGCUCAACAGGAUGGAAGUGAAAAGUAAAAGCAUGGAUAACGACCAGGGGCACAAUAAGAACAAGACGGAGGAGAGGUAUUCUGUCGGUCGUAUCUUCACCAUGGUGCAGGGGGUGUUCGUCCGGGUCCUCUUCUCUGUUUCCUCCGUCAUCUCCGUGUGGCGGGUAGCCACGGUCAAGGAGGACCCCACCUGGUGGCUGCUAGUGGUCAUGAACGCCCUUCUGUACGUCGAGGCCUAUGUGACCUUCCGGUACCGGAAAUCUGGCGAGUGGAAAUGGUUCUGUCCCAGUGUGAUGGUGUAUCUCGUGUCUACCGUGCCUGCCAUCUGGAUCCUUGAGCUGCAGCUUAUGGAGGAGCGCAUCGAGCAGUCGCGGGCAGCUGGCCAAGACAUCUGUCUGGAGUCCGAGUCCAUCUACGUCAACGGAACCCCUCUGACUGGCUUACCCGGAGUCGAGAUUCCACUGUUCUUACCAUCACACAUGUGGUCCCUAGCCCUCCAGCAGACUCUCCUGUUCGUUCUUAUUGUAGGCAGAUGGCUUUUACCCAAAGGCUCCCUGACCCGGGACCAGCUCUCCCAACUUCUGCUGGUCUACAUCGGCAUUGCCGCAGACAUCCUGGAGUUCUCCACUGAGGGCCUGAAGAUGGAGGAGGUCCGCUGUGACUACGAGAUGGUGUUCUGGAUCCUGGCCAUCUGGACCUGGAGCCUGCUGCAGUUCACCCUUGGGCUGACGGCCACCAAAGCCCGAAAGCCCCGCAUGGCUGGCAUCGACGACGACAAGCCCAAGGUGACCCUGAUGUGUUGCGAGACCGAGGUCUGGGGCCUGAUGACCACCAUCAUCAUGCAGGAUGGGCCCUUCCUGGCCAUGCGGCUCUACAUCCUGAUCAAGCUCAACGCUAUCAAUCAGAUGAUGAUCUUCUUCACCUGCAAGAACAUGCUUGUCAUGCUGCUGCAGGUCUACCGCCUCUUCGUCAUUUACAUUGAAAAGCCGGGGUACCAUCCCCAGGUGUUGGUACAGACCAUCGUUCGGUACACCUCUCGGAGAGACCGGGGGAGCAUAUCUCCCGUGCACCGCCAGCGGAAGCCUCGAUCGCGGCACCUUGAGGUGCCAGACAUCCACGAGUCACAUGCAGGGCAAAGCCUACCACUGCUUCCAACCAUCUCCGAAAAGACGCCAGCCUCACCACCAUUGGAUGUUGACGCAGGUUUUCAAUCCUUUGAUGUUCCCCAGUUACCACAAGUAACCAGCAAGAACAACGGAAGGUCCAGACCUGAGGAGUCCCGCGGCGUGCCUCGCCUCAAUGACAAACCGACGAAUCGCCUCUACGACCCAGCUGCCGACAGCAGCAGCACGGAACCACUUGUUCAGAAGUACCCACCGUCGCCCGCUCGAAUAGUGACUUUUGACGACAUGUGAUGACACUGCAGGGUAUAACACGUUGUCAAAAGAACAUUAUAUUUCACGACUACAAAGUGCAUUGUCCUUGUACAGUCUUCAGAGAAGCAGGUCAAGUGUGUGUGUUUAUUUCUACAGUGAUUAUUCACUUCUCAGUGGUUAUGGAGACUUUAUAACUAGGUAUUCGUGGAGUAAAAUAGUCUAUUAAUUAAUGCUUGUGUAAACUACCACUCAUUCCAGACUUCACACACGGAAAUGAAUACUGCUGACAAUAACCUUUUUAAUUAAUAAUGUUACCUGCGUGAUAGAAUAUUGUGAAAAAGUUUUUGCUCGUAGCCUGAUUGCUUUCUUUGGGUGUCUCUGUUAUUGUUUUCUUUGACUGUACUGCAUCUGCUGUUUUCAAGGAAAUAAAUUGUAGAGAGAGCAAGUAGAUUUCGAUGUGAUAAUAAAAAACCGACCUUUUGAGGACACGUAAUACCGAUUUUCAGUGGAUGUGAAAAUCGUUUUUUUUAUAUGUUCAGUUUAAUGAAGUGAGGAGAAUUUACAGUUUCUUAGAUCUUUGUACAAAAAAAUCAAGAAAUAUUGCAUUGGAAAUUGUUGAUCGUAAUUUCAGAUUUCAAAACCCGUUCCAGUGAAAUCCACAUUUUGUAAGAACGUGUGACCUGAGUUCAAGGCUAGAUCAAAUGUUCUUUACAGGUCCGUAACUUUUCGUGGGAGGUGUGAAUCCUCAAUAAACGGACCGAGCGUAAAUCUUUUGCUUUUUUAUUUUGAAACACGACGGAUACAUGAGGUCGCACCAUGUCUUGGGGGUGCAAGUGAACUCCCAAAGAGGGAUUGACCUUGUGAUGUUCUACUAUAGCUCAACAUCUUUUCUUGCCUCAAGAGCAGACCUUUCAGUAGCGUGGAGAGGGGUGAGGACGCACUUCCUGCACCCCCCCCCCGUUAUGUCCCUGCUCUAGGUUGAAGGGUUGAUCAGGAGCAAAUCUUUAGGGGGAGGGUUUGAGAAUUUCCUUAUUUAACUUUGUAUUGCCUUCCCGAAGGCUAUAAGGGUAUAUUUGGGGUUUUAUACAAGCUUUGGGAAGGAAAGGGAGUGAAACAUUUUUUUCUGGAAUCGCCUACUAAUAUUUUUUAGAAACGAAAAACUGCCCCCUAGAUGGGCCACUUAGACCCGCCUACGUGUAACCUCGUGUGCUUGUAACGCGUUCAUAUAGUGUAAAAGACAACUAAUUCGAGAUUCGUAAUAUGGAUGAGCACAGUGAUGCGAAACGGAAGGUUGACCAUGACUUCAUCAAAAACGCAUACUUUGUGUAUCAGUCCCACAAGCGCAUUUUUGGUUGGCAAUAGAAAGACAAAACUUGAAAUGAAACGCUAUGACGUGCACAUUAUUAAUAUCCAUUGUGGUCCACUUGGAGCGGAAUAUGUAAUCUCUUAUUAAACCACGUGAGCGGUGGGCCCCAAAUACAGUAAACGAGCCCAAGUUUGAUUUAGUGCACAUUCCUCAUUUUGAUACAUUUCAAAGGUACCGAAUCUACUUUGGGCUGAAUUCUUGCUAAAGAUAACAACGAGCACACGUUCCAUAAUUUCUGUUUUAAUGUUCUGCAAAAUGUAAUUAUUCAUGUAUGUGAUCAACAGUAUUGCUAUACGGUAAAUAUCCACUAAACCUAUGCAUUGCCAGGAUUUCGUGUCACCAUUUAGUUUUAUUUAUCAGUUGAUACUGGGACUUUGCAACAAUUUGAUUUUGUACAUACACCAGGAGAGGUUGGAGGCUAUUCCUAAUAAUUUUAUAACCAUUCCAAUCACCCAAGUACAAUAACGCUUGAACAGGAAAUUGUAGCUGCGCAAGGCGUGCCGGUAAUACAUCAGAAUGGACACCUGGAUUACGUAUUACAGCUUCAGAAGCAUUACUUAUGGUCUUUUAUUAGUACAAAGGAUAAGGAAAGGAGAGAUCGGUUGAAAUAAAUUGCGUGGAGUAUUGGGUUAGGGGAACAAAUGAAUGUACCUUAGAGUUUUAGAUAGAGUUUUGAAAAAUUAUAUCAAAUUUUGACCGAAUUUGCAGCUUGAAAUGUGUUUCAUUUGAGGGAAUGAAGUGCACUUGAACGCAUCACCGAUGUUGAACCUAACUAAUUAGCAUGGCAUAUAUAACACAUAUGAUUUAUAACUUCGAUGUUUCGAAUGUAAGAAAUCAUGCCAAUGUGGGCAGUCGCAUCGGGUGCUCCCAAGUCCAGUUGUCUUUCUUACACGGAAUAAUACAGAAUGGGAGCCACGUGUUCGACCAGGCAGUUGUUUUUCACAGUCAAAAUGAUACUUGAGAUCUCGUUGGUUUAUGAGUAAAUUAUUUAUAAGUAAUAAUAAAUAUUUGUGAUGUACAAUAAAUUAGAAGUAUGUGUAUUUUUGUGAAAUAGCUUGCCACUGAAAUAGGUUCAGGAGAUGAAAAUUCUGUGGCAUAAUAUGAAAGAGCUUAGUGGAACGUAUGCAAUAUUUUGUGCUGUACAUAACCACUCUAUAAAUAUACUGCUCGGGCACUGAGCCAUUUAAUCACCCCCACCCUUUUUGUGGUGAAAAGGAAAACAACAGAAAGGCUAGGGCAUGGGUCAUAUGUACGCUCAAGGUGACCCAUCAAUGUCUUGUGUACUCAGGCGACUGUUUUCUCACUAAGAUAUUUGUCCAUUUUUUUCCUUUUGUAAAAGAAUCCUCAACUCUCCCUGAAAGGUUAUAGUACUGUUUCUUAAGUGUGCUACUUUCAAUUCCUUACAAAAGAAAUUAAAAACAAAAGUAAAACAACAAAAGAGUCGAAAGGGGCAACUUUCUUCCCCGUACCAUCCGAUGUGAAGCUCAGAAAUAUACGCAGAGUCCUUAUGCCUCAUGAACAGCGCACUCUAUAGUGUAAUGUGGUACCAUAACGCUUUUCAACUUUGGACGGCAGGGCAUUUUAGGACCAUCCCAACCUUCCCUCUGCACGGGUUUCAAGUCACAACACUGCAUACGUGGAAGUGUUGUUAUGCUAUUACAUUUAAAUGAUUGUUAUAUUAUGACAUUUAAAUGGAUGUACUGAUUGUGUUCAUCACGGAAUGAACUUUAUUGAAGAUGUCAGUUUUAAUUGAUGACAUUCUUUAAAGUAAAGAUAUGACAAAUUUCCUAGCUUGAAAUUAAACUUCAUAAGUCACUCAAGGUUCACCAGGGAAAAGGCAAAACCGCAGGCUCAAGAUUUGGUAUCUGUUCUAUCUGGGCAUUCAUUUCAAAGCCAACUAAGGCAUUAUGAGUUAAGUCUACUUCAUUUUUGGCAAUGCUAAAAAAGUGGAGAAAUAAGAGAAUUCGAAUCUAAAGGAAAGGAGCGGCAGAUGGUCUGAAGGUAAUGAAAGCGAGAAAUGCAAUAAAUGCAAAAUUCACAUUUAUGCAUUCAAGCAGACCCAUUUGAUACAUGCAUGCAAGAUUGGAAGUCGAGUGGUAGAGGAUUCAAAAAUGAAAGUCAGAUAUGAAUUAAUUGUAUGUAUCAAUUUUGUAAUUCGGGCUGGGGAUUGUUCUUUAACAGGAGUUUAUUACUGUCACGCUUUGAUGACUUCAUUUGACUUCUUUCAAACUUUAGUGAAAAACGUGUUCUUUGUUCUAAUAAAUUGAUUU